AUGAGGGAUGAUAACAUAGCCGUGUUGACUGACGCAGAUAAUGUAUCGUAUAAGCAAAUUGGUGGGUUUAUGGUCGAAAUAGCCAACAUCGGCAAGGCCAGCAUGACGGGGUGGAAAGAAUGCUUGCUGGAUCACUCGUUCACGCCGAUGCAGCAAUUUGCGUACACAACCGGCAAAAACGCAACCGAUGGUGCGAUGAUCGUCGAUGCAAUGUAUUUGCUCGAUAGCAACUUUACACGACUCGCCGGUCGAAUCCGUGAGCAAGGUGUAACGGUGUAUGGCUUUAGCAAGCGGAACACAGUCAACGUGUUCGUUACAGCCUGCGACAAGUUCGUCGCCCAUCCACUACCGUUAAUGAUACCCACUGCACCAGCUGCGAUGGCAAAGCAUUCCGUUGGAGGUAUUCGCACUCGGUUCCGUAGUGGCGAAUUCGGCAAGCCGCGACCGCUUGAUCAAGUCGCCCUGGAAAGCUUGAGGAAGGCAAUCGCCAGUAGUAUCGUCGAUGAUUCCGACUAUGCGUAUCUCGCUGAGGUCGGUGUUCGUCUCGCAAGAAUCUUGCCAGAUCUUAAUGCGCGCAAUUACGGCUAUCAGAACCUUCGUGGAAACGUCCGGGAUUGCAGACUUGAGGACAAGAUCAUUGGAAGGCAAACUCCCGGUGGCCCUUGUUCGUCUCAAAGAAAGUCAUGA